UUGGUGGGGGAAGGAGAGCGAGUGUGCGUGUGUGCCCGUGUGAGUGUAUAUGAGCGAGGGGCGAGCGGGCGCCGGGCGGCGGGGAUGGCCGAGAAGCGGAGGGGCUCGCCGUGCAGCAUGUUAAGCCUUAAGGCGCACGCCUUCUCCGUGGAGGCGCUGAUCGGCGCGGAGAAGCAGCAACAGCUUCAGAAGAAGCGGCGGAAGCUGGGCGCGGAAGAGGCAGCCGUGGCCGUAGAGGACGGAGGCUGCAGCCGCGGCGGCGAAAAGGGCUCCCCGGAGGGAGACGAAGGCAACAGCCUCCCUCCCGAGGUCCAUCUCCCCAUCAAGAUUCCUCUCUCGGGCCCUCACCGGUUACCCCUCUCUACUCUUUGCUGCCCAGGAGGCUGUGAGGACGGCUUCCUGCAGGGCUCGUCCCCACUGGCAUCCCCGGGAGGCUCUCGAAAGGGCUCCCCGGCUCCGGCCCUGGCCAGGCCUGGGACCCCGCUGCCAUCACCGCAGGCCCCGCGGGUGGAUCUGCAGGGAGCUGAGCUCUGGAAGCGCUUUCACGAGAUCGGCACAGAGAUGAUCAUCACCAAGGCGGGCAGGCGCAUGUUUCCAGCAAUGAGAGUGAAGAUCUCAGGAUUAGAUCCUCACCAGCAAUAUUACAUUGCCAUGGAUAUUGUGCCAGUGGACAACAAGAGAUACAGGUAUGUUUACCACAGCUCUAAAUGGAUGGUGGCUGGAAACGCUGACUCCCCUGUGCCACCCCGGGUGUAUAUUCAUCCAGACUCGCCUGCCUCAGGGGAGACUUGGAUGAGACAAGUGAUCAGCUUCGACAAGCUAAAGCUCACCAACAAUGAACUGGAUGACCAAGGCCAUAUUAUUCUUCAUUCUAUGCACAAAUACCAACCACGCGUCCACGUCAUCCGUAAAGACUGUGGAGAUGACCUUUCUCCCAUCAAGCCUGUGCCUUCUGGGGAGGGAGUGAAAGCCUUCUCCUUUCCCGAAACUGUCUUCACCACCGUCACGGCCUAUCAGAAUCAGCAGAUUACUCGCUUGAAGAUAGAUAGGAAUCCAUUUGCCAAAGGCUUCCGAGACUCUGGGCGUAACAGAAUGGGUUUGGAAGCCCUUGUGGAGUCGUAUGCAUUCUGGAGACCUUCACUACGGACUCUCACCUUUGAAGAUAUUCCUGGAAUUCCCAAGCAAGGAAAUACAAGUUCCUCCACCUUACUCCAAGGUUCUGGGAAUGGCGUUGCUGCCACCCAUCCUCAUCUUUUGUCUGGUUCCCCUUGCUCCUCUCCUGCCUUCCAUCUGGGGCCCAAUACCAGCCAGCUGUGUAGUCUGGCCCCGGCUGACUACUCCGCCUGCACCCGGUCAGGCCUCACCCUCAACCGAUACAGCACAUCCUUGGCGGAGACCUACAAUAGGCUCACCAACCAGACCAGCGACACCUUCGCCCCGCCCAGGACUCCCUCCUAUGUGGGCGUGAGCAGCAGCGCCUCUGUGAACAUGUCGAUGGGUGGCGCUGAUGGGGACACCUUCAGCUGCCCACAGACCAGCCUGUCCAUGCAGAUUUCGGGGAUGUCCCCUCAGCUCCAGUACAUCAUGCCUUCACCCUCCAGCAACGCCUUUGCUGCUAACCAGACCCAUCAGGGUUCCUAUAACACUUUCAGGUUACACAGCCCCUGUGCCUUGUAUGGAUAUAACUUCUCCACAUCUCCCAAACUGGCUGCCAGUCCUGAGAAAAUUGUUUCUUCCCAAGGAAGUUUCUUGGGGUCCUCACCGAGUGGGACCAUGACUGAUCGGCAGAUGUUGCCCCCUGUGGAAGGAGUGCACCUGCUGAGCAGUGGGGGCCAGCAGAGUUUCUUUGACUCUAGGACCCUAGGAAGUUUAACUCUGUCAUCAUCUCAAGUGUCUGCACAUAUGGUCUGAUGAAGCCUUUAAGUCUAAUAUACAUUCGAAUUGAUCUAAUGUAUUUUCUGUCCUCAUUUUCUCUCUUUUUUUUUUAAAAAAAAAAAAAGCAAUAUGGAAAGAAACUAUGAGUAGCUUGUAAAAUGUACAUAUAAUAGAAAAUGAAUGCUCACUGAGUUUUUGUUUUGUUUUGUUUUUUACUUUCUCAUGGUGAGAUUGUAAUUAUCUAUGGUGUAUAUGUAUACUGUACAUAGCAUGUGGAGUUUUGAAGUCUACAAAACGACAUCCUCUUUCUGUUUUUCUCCCUACUUCAUCCAGUUGCACAGAGUAUUGACAUAAAUGUAGUAUGUUUAACCAGAGUUCUCAGACUCUUUCAAAAACCAAACAGCAAACUUAAAACUUGGCCAUGAUACGAACCAGGCUAAGACUUAUAAUAGUUUAUCAGAAAAAAUGCUCUAGGCCGUUUCAUACUUGAGUGUUGAUAAACAGCAGUAACCAGCACACGGAAUCUUGUGAUUUCUGUUAUUGUUGGGCACAGUGUGAGAAACUAAAAUGCAAAAGCCAGUCGAAGUUUUAGUGUUAGUUCUGAAGUAUUUAUAAUUGUGAAGGAUUAGCUUUUGUGUUCCUGUUUGCUUAUCACAGACAGUAUAUGACCGUGGUUCUGUAAAUCCAUAACCCAUAAUAAUUAUUUCCCUAAGGAAGGUGGAAGAGAGGCUUGUGAUUUUUUUUCCCCAUUUUCCAUUGGGCAUAUAAGAGGUGUUUAUUCAUCUGCAGAGAAUAAAUUUCCAUUAUUUUGGAUUUUUGCUCAUUUUAUUUAGUUUACCAACUAGUCCAUUAAAGAAUGUUCUGUAAACAUUUUUAAGUUCCAGUUUUCAUUGGGGAAGGGAUAUAUGAGUGGAAUGGCAAAGAGAAAACAAAUCCACAUCAAAUUCUUUGAUUCCAAUAAGAAAUGUUUAUCUUUUUAAAUCAAGAGGAAUAACAUUGUCAAUUAUCCCUUAGAUUUUUAUAGUGUGGUUUUUCAUUCAGGAUAUUUUUCUUCAUCUUGCUGUGAGAUUCCUGACCCAUAGUCUAUUAGCAAGGAAAAAGGCAUUUAUGCUACUUAUUUAUGUCUUGUAACUCCUACAAAUUGAAACCGCUCCCCUUCUUAACCUUGUCUCUCUGUCUGAAUCCCAAAACAGAUAGAUUCUAGGCCUUUAUGGUGUUAAGUAACACUGUAAGGAAUUUCAGGGGGUUAUCUCCAGCAAUCUGUCUUUUGGGGGCUGUAGUGCAAAGGCCAAAGCCUGGUACUAUAAAGGCCCUCUUGGAGGACUAAGGAGGAAGAUACCAAUUAUGAUAAAGGAGCCAUAAAACUUUUAACCUCCACAUCAUUUUUAACUUUGAAAAUGGAAAAAUGAAAACAGCAUUCAUUUUUUAAAAAUUCCUAAAAUAAUGUAUUCAUGGUUUAAAAUUUCAGAACAAGUAAUCUUAAUAGCUCAUUAUGAGAUGAGUAGGAAAGGCUACGAAUGCAUGGUGAGAAACAUUACCAUAUGUCUGUUGAGAAACUAAAACAAUGUGUCUGUCCAUCGACUCAUUGCAGUUCAUAUAUUUUCCAAGUGAAAGCAGUGUGAUUGCCUUUAGUGCUAAACAGAGUUGCUUUAACUCAUCCCUAGUUUAGAUGGGGAAAGAGUGUAGCUCUUGAUGGUCUUUCAAGCAGCAAAAGCUGUUAGAUGUUUUGGGGAUUACUAUUUCAACAGGAUUUGCACAGGUUGUGACUCUGUUUAUAGAUAUUGAUAAGUUUCCUCAUGCAUUCUGUAACAGUUCGUCAAAUUAAUUUUGAUUUUUAAAUUUAAGAUUAGCAUGAAGGGACAUGAAAUAUUUCCAAUAGGUGGAUCUAUAUAAGCUAUUUGUGUAUGGUAUUAAUAGAUUGACAAAGACUUGGGAGAAGUCCUAUGAGUACAUCCCAGCCUCAGUGCUUAGUAUAAUUCAAGGAGGACAAGAUUUCUCCAUAUUCAGAAAACAUGGAAGUAAUGAUCUAUACACAUAUGCAUUAAUAAGGAAAGCAUUUUCCUUUUUGCUGUUGGUGGUUUGAAAUGAAACCUUAAUACGAGUAUUAUUAAUCUUUUUUUAUUUAGCAAUAUUGUACAAAUGCUGUUUCCUUUGGUUAUUCUGUAAAUAUUCAUCACAUGUCAUUUCAAUGACUAGUCUUUUUAUCAUUAUAUUAAAUGA